GUUCAGUUCAGUUAAUCGAGAGAGUUUGCGCACGUCAGUUGGUCGGCGCGCGGCGCGUCGUGAGUUUCUUCAAUAUAAAUAUAAAAAAAAUACAUACAAACCACAUAAUUUAUUUGCUGUAUUAAAAACAUGUCACAGAAGCGCUGAAAAAAAAUAAAAUCGAAUAUAUACCGUUAAAAAAUAAAAGUGUGAGAAUUUUCGAAAAAUAAAUAGUUCUUUACAAAAGCGAGUUACUAUAAGUAAAAAUAUAUAAUAUAAUAUGCUAACUAGUUAAGUGUUUGCUGCAAAAUAAGAAAAUAAUUACACACACACAUACAUACACACGCAUGCACAUGCAUGUGGCCAACUAGAAGAGCGCGCUACAUACAGGAGUCCCAUACAAUCCAACCAGAAUUGAAGAAUUGAAGUGAAAAGUGCUUAGCGGCGAGAAUAACUCCGUAGCGAACGGUGUGUGAUGCAAAGCGAAAUUUUCGUCUAGCUGUGCAGAUUUUCAAAAAGAUAGAUACACAAGUGGCUAGUGUUGUUGGCUGGCGUGUGUACACGUAUGCAGCACUGUUCUAUAGAGAAAAGCACGCACACACAUACAUACAUAGUUGUUGUUGCUGUGUCGGAGUAGUAGUUUUUGUGCGCGUGUUCGUGUUGUUUAACGGCUAUCCAACGCUGUAAUAGUUAACCACACUACUCGUGGUAUGCACUAUUCAUAGAGUUGUUGUUGUUGUUAUUUUUUCGUAUAUUAUUAUUAUUUUCGUUUGGUUCUUAAUUCGCGCAAAAUCAACAAACUAGCAGCGCAAGCAAACAGUAAAACAAGUAAACGAACGACUCUCUCACUUCGUGGAAUUGUGGCAAUAAAAGCAACAAAGGUGCAUAAACAAAAUCAAAUAAAUUUCGACAAUGGAGUUAAGCAAUUUCAAUGCAUCGAAAAAGAUAUCGCGCGAAGAGCGCCGUUAUUCAGUACCUCACGGUCCCCAUACACCACAGCCGCCUGCGGCCUCAGAGGACUUACAUGCAUGGUCGAUAUAUAGACAAAAUCUCAACUCCGACUUCACCGACUCCGCUUUGGGCUCAUCGGACAAAUCACCGCUGCCAUAUGGAAAUUUCCAGUUACGCGACACCACAGUGCAAUCAAUUCUCAAUCAUCCGCGCUACGGACCGAAGUCCCCCUUGGGCUCGAAUAUGUAUACAUAUUUGAAAUUCGGACUGCCGCGCGUAUUUCCACCCAAUGCCGGUUCGCAACGUUCACACCGACCGCCGGGUCCAGGACCGGGUGGUGUGCGCGGUCGUGUCAAUCGUGGUUUCCGCGAUAGUUCAGGUGUGCCGCCAGCAGGUUCAUCGGGCUACGAUAGCAGUGACAACGAAACAACGCGCAGUCGUGUGCCGCCCAACUUGAGAAAAUACCGCAGUGAGUCGGACUUCCGUGCCAUUGGCGGCAUACCAAGCUCACGUCCCGAAUCGCGCGCUCAAGGCGUACCCAUGACGGCGCUGCGACAGGCAAACAGCCGCGCAAGCAUUGCUGUUGGCACCCACAUUAAUACUCAUCACUAUAUGCCGAAUGGCAAGCAUUACGGCCAUCGUUCGCACAGCGAAGCCGAUUUGCUGGCCGGCGGUGCUGACGUCAUCGGUUAUGAUUACGGCGAGUCACGUAUUUACGGCACAUCACGCAAUCGCAGUUCAGACCAUCCGAACGGCGGACACGCCAGCUACAUUAUGUCCAGUCGGAAGCAUUCGAGCAUCGGCCUUGUCUAUCCCAAUAUACAGGUGCAUUGCCUGGAUGUGAAUCCAUGUCUACGUGGUGUUUCGCUGCAAGCAAAGGCAGGCGAUUUAUUCGCCAUCAUGGCAACGUCACAACGUGAAGGCACCGCGUUGACAGAGUGCUUGGCGGGUUUGCACGAGCGCAUGGGUGGUGAAAUUCUCAUCAAUGGCCAACAAAUCAAUAGACGCGGCUUGCGUGAGUUGUGCAGUUAUGUGCCGGCGCUAAAAGUAUCCUCGCUGGAUCCGCGUAUGAGUGUGCAAUGUACUUUGAAUUUCCAUGCCGCGUUGAGAGGUCCACUGGAUCGAACGGACCUCAAGGAAAGGAUGGAUGUGCUAAUCGAGGAUCUGGGCUUAACUACGGUGCGCGCUUCGAAUGUGUCCUCGCUCACACACUCCGAGAAACAACGUCUGAGUGUCGCUUGUCAAUUGCUCGCACAAUCGUCGUUGCUCAUACUCGAUCAGAUCACUAGCAAUAUGGAUAUCUUCGACACAUUCUUUUUGGUAGAGUAUCUGCGGCAGUGGGCUAGCGGUGGACGCAUAGUGAUCAUGACACUACAGCCACCCACAUUCGAAAUACUCUCAAUGUGUUCAAGUGUACUGCUUUUAUCGGGCGGCCGUACUGUCUUCUCCGGCAGCCGUUCCGAUUUGCCGCGUCACAUGGGCGAGUUGGGCUAUCCGUGUCCGCCCUUCAAGAACCCAGCCGACUACUAUUUGGAUUUAGUUACACUGGAUGACUUGUCAGCCGCCGCCAUGCUGGAGUCAUCAGCACGCAUCGAAUCACUGGCAAAUUCGUGGGAUCAAAUGAACUCCGAACCGCCGCUGGCUGCACCACCGGCAUCAUUGCCGAACUUUACAAGAAAAGCCGGCUUCUGGGGACAGACGAAAGCUUUGAUAAAACGCUUUGCCGCCUACAAACAACCGGGUUCGCUGCUCACCUGGAUCAGUAAACUGAUUGCAGCAGCGGUGCUUUCCCUCUGCAUCGGUUGCAUAUUCUGGGAUGUGCCCGCGUCCGAUCCACAACUCACCUACAACGAUCGCUUUGGUUAUCACCACUGCGUUAUGGCGGUGGCUUACUGGCCCCUGCUACUGCUGACCAUACGCGAUGCGCAAGAGGACCGACGACAUGCCGAGCGCGACAUACGCUUGGGGCUAUACUCGCGCGGACUCUACUUUACCAUACAGUGCCUUUUGGGACUCUUUCCGAGCCUCUGUAUCUGGCUGGCCUACUUGCUGCCGGCACACAGCAUGGCAGGGCUGUACACCUAUUCGACCAGCAGCGAUGCCGGCAUCUAUCUCUAUAUGGGCUACAUGCUGCUCUAUCUCACCGUAAUACAAACCCUUGGGCUCUUCUGCGCGCACCUCAUGCCCUGCAAGGUGUCCGCUACUAUUUUCAAUACACUCAUCACUUUGGGUCUGACUGCUGUGGGCGGUUAUGCCGUGCAUCCGCGUAAUCUCUCCAAAUUGUGGUCCUGGUCACAGCUCAUAUCACCGGAGAAGUGGUUGCUGCCGGUUUUGGUGCAAGACGAAUACAGCGCAGACACGCUAGCCAACUCGGCGGGCCUACAGCUCUGUCGCAACAAGCAGGUGCAACACCAAGAGAUCAUUGUGCAGCAGCCGUGCCCACCACCGAACGGCACGCAUGUGCUAGUCGACUUUCAGCUGCUGCCGCUCAAUCACAUACUCGACCCCAGCGAGACGUACGAGCAGACUACAACCGUGGCUUUGGUGCUGGCCUCCGUCAUACUCUUCGUGGUGACAUUCUUCAUUUUCGUGUGCAAUUGUCGCAAUACGUUCCGCAAGAAGCAGAAGCGUAUGUAAAACAAGAGUUUUUUUAGAAAAAAAAAACAAAAAAUAAAUAGUUUAAAAAUGUAGUGUUAAUGAACGUGCGCUCAAGUGUCGCAGAACGCAGAAAGAAAAAAAAAUAAAUAUUUACGCUGACUUCCAUAGUUUGUAGCCGAAAAAUCGCACAUUUUAACAACGCAUUUACCGACGUAAUUAUUAUACAUAGAUAUACAUAUAUACUAUAUAACAUAUAAUUUUUAUAAAAUACUAAAAUAACUGUAGCCAACACGUUCCAGAUUGAAAAUUUGUAUACAACAUGUUUGUAUGUAUGCAUGACUACAAUAUUUUCAUGAUUGAAAUUUUUUUUUAGAGAUAAGCGCUUAAGUUUUAUGUAUAAAUAGCGUCAAACACUGAAAAUAUAUAUUUUAAAUUUAGAAUAAACGAAAGUGGUGUUGUCAAUUAGGGGCGAAAUGAUAAGCCGUCUGUCUGGUUUAGAAAAAAUAGGUUUGUAUAUUUGUAUAUAGAAUUUCCGUUGCUUACUGUCACUAAGAGGAUUAUGUUUAACAAUAUGUGGGGGCACAAUUGGCUUAAUAAAAUUGCUUAUUGCUUAUCAAUGAUGGAAUAGACGCAAAUUCGUGUGAGCCAACACAAUGCCGUGCUCAUUGCAGGCGGCAAUAACGCCGGCAUCAUUGGUGGAACCAGCCGGACUGCCGAUAUAUGACACACCGCUCUGCAGAGACGAGAGAGAAGAGAAGCAUAAUAACAAUUCUAUGAAGUCAAAAAAUUACGAAAACUUACCAAUUUAGCGCGAUCGAUAUUAUCACGGAAUGGGAAGAAGGCAUCGGAACCCAAAGAGACGCCAUCCAAUUGUUGCAGCCAAUCGGCUUUCUCUUGAACCGACAAUUGUGCGGGCACCUCCUCGAACCUGCAGCAUCAAUACAAAAAUAAUAAUAAAUUAAACAGUAAUUUUUGAUAUAAUUCAAUCCAACUCACAUCGCUUCGAACUGGCUGAGCGGCAUGUCCUUGCCCACAGUGCCGUUCACAUAGUUAUCGAUGGCAUUCGAGAUUUCCGCACGCUUGACGCCCGCCUUGAAUUUCAUUCCGGCAACACGUGGGUGCUGACGCAGCCACCAAUUGUCGGCCUUCUCGCCGGCCAAACGUGUGCAGUGUAUGCGCGAUUGUUGGCCCGCACCAAUGCCGAUGACUUGGCCAUCGCGUGCAUAGCAAACGGAAUUACUUUGUGUGAACUUCAGCGCAAUGGUGGCCACAAUCAAAUCGCGUAUGGCAUGCUCCGGCAGUGUGUUGUUCUCCGUAACCACAUUCGAGAAUAAUGCGGCAUCAAUAACGG